AUGGCCGCGGCUCGGAAACAGACCUUGAGACAGCGAGUUUGGGACUCGUUGGAGAACUCAGAUGCCGUCCUGUUCCCGCGGCCUUGCCACGGGCGGAUCCCCAACUGCCCGGGCUCGGCGGCAGCGUGCCAGCACCUCCUGCAGAUGCCAGAGAUUCAGGUGGCCCGCGUGGUCAAGGUGCACCCCUCUAUCGGUGCUGCGGCGCUGCGAACUGCCCUGGUCAUGGCAGGCAAGACAGUACUGGUUCCGCCUUACCCUGGCGCCAGCUAUCUCUAUUUGCUGCUGCAUCGGGAUCUAUGCCCAAAUCAGCGCUCUUUGGAGUGGGCCGGCGAUAAGCGCGAAUACAUGAAAUGGGCACGGCCUUUGAAAUUACUCGAGAUCCCUGCCGUGGACGUCGUCAUUGUCGCCACCUGUGUGGCUGCGCCAAACGGUGUUCGGCUUGGCAAGGGCAAAGGCUAUGGAGAGGUGGAAUGGGGGAUUCUGACGGAGCUGGGUGCUGCGGGCGCUUCCGUGCCUGUGUACACCUUGUGCCACGAUUUGCAGCUAGUGGGUUCCGAGGAGCUUCCCGAAGAGCUGAUGGAGUCCCAUGACCUCCCCGUGGAUGCCAUUGCCACCCCCAGCGGCCUGGUGCGCUGCAAGCGUUCUGCGCCAAAGCCUAGCGGGGUGAGGUGGGAUUUGGUUGGUCCGGACUUGGAAGAGGAUAUCGGGGCUUUGCGCAGCCCGGCGGCACUCCCGUGGUAG